AUGCUUUCUGCAACGCCAUCACCAUUUGACAAUGCAAUUGAUGAAAUUUGUAAACACUUCAAUGACAUUAUUGCAAAUGAAAAAGAUGUGUCAGCUGGAAUGGCUACAAUUUGCACAUUGUUAAAAGUAUUAGAAAGAUCCAAGUCGGAAACAGUGCAAGAAUUACAGUACUGUCUACAAAAUGCUGUUGACAUAAUGAGAUCAACUGAUCAUCCAGUGACAGCUAUUGCUUCAGGCAGUGAGCUUUUUCUUAGGUUUAUUACUUUGGCUGCCCUUGAUACACCAUCAUUUGCAGAAUGUAAAAAAAUCAUGUUACAAAGAGGAGAUAUAUUUUAUAAAAAAUUAGUGGCUGCAAGAGGAAAAAUCGCCAAGUUGGCAUCUAAAUUCAUUACAGAUGGAUCUAAAAUAUUAAUACACUCCAGAUCAAGAGUUAUUUUACAAACAAUGAAAGCUGCAGUAGCUUGCAAUAAAAUUUUUGAAGUUUAUGUUACAGAAUCACUACCAGAUAGUAGUGGGAUAGAAAUGUGCCAAAAUCUCAAAGACUUGGGUAUUUCAUGUACAUUAAUAUUAGAUUCUGCAAUGGGUUACAUAAUGGAACAAGUUGAUAUGGUAAUGGUAGGAGCGGAAGGAGUAGCCGAAAGUGGCGGUAUUAUUAACAAAGUUGGAACUUACACAAUGGCAAUUUGUGCAAAGGAAAUGAAAAAACCAUUGUAUGUACUUACAGAAAGUUUCAAAUUUUCAAGAAUUUAUCCACUCAAUCAAGUUGAUCUUCCUGAUGAAUUUAAGUACACAUCUAGCACAUUGAGGAAAGAUGUUAGUAAAGAACACCCACUGGUUGAUUACACGCCUCCUCAUUACAUUAGCCUGCUUUUUACAGAUUUAGGAAUCUUAACUCCUUCAGCCAUCAGUGACGAACUUAUAAAGCUUUACUUAUAACAGAUUAAAAAAUAAAGUCAAGUAUAAUAUUGUCAUUAUUUUUUUUAAUUAAAUUUUUACAAAGUUUUUAUCCAAGCAUAAAUUAUUUACUUGAAUCAAAUAGUGUAAAUAUGGAUUCAAUAAAAA